UCCAUCAAAUGGUAUGGAGAUGUAAUUUGGAUUUUUGAUCCUGGAAUCAUUGGGGAUUGGAUUGACAACGCAGGCGAGUUUAAGAGAUGUUUAUUGCAGACAUCGGUUCAUAGGACCGGUUUGAGACAGUGGCUAAGGAUAUGGUGGAAAGAGAUCAUGUUGAUUUUGAUUUUACUAUUAGUCCUCGGCAAUUUCAAUGUGUGUCUUUGGAGAUGUCUACAUGGAACAAGAUUCAAAAGAUGGUACUCAUCAUCUCAUCAAGCAUGGGCAUUAGUUAUAACCAAGAAAGAUGUCAUCUCCUAUGUCUGGAGAUGUUUUGUUGGGAUGCGAUGUAACGGAUGGAUCGCAACCAUUGAUCAUUUCAAAGUAUAUUGGAGUUUC